UCACUCCAGCAAGGACCACCUUUCUCCUCGUCAGUCAUCAUCUGCUGGGGUGCAUCCCUGCAGAGGGACCUCAGCCUCCUGCAGCAGCGGAGCUCCACGCCGAGCACCGCGGACUGGAACCGGACCACAAACACAGCGGAGCAAAGACCUUCUCUUCGGGCAUGGAUGUUGGCGCCGGCUGAGCCGUGGUGCAAGCGGACUUUUCUGGAGAUUCGCCUGGGUGUCGUCUCGGUUCUGCCGGAGGAGGACGUACAGCACCGGCAGCACCGGCGGUGGAGGUCCGCUGAAGCAUCCGAGGAGCAGGGCGAGAAGGCGGUACAGCUUUAAUGAAGAAGCACAACCGCUGACCUUCCUGCAGAAGGGACCCUUGUCAACAAGUAUGGGGUCACCAUGGCAACCCGUUCUCCUCCUCUCUGUCAUCAGUGGCCUUUCAGACUUUGCACAAGCGGUGGGAGCGCGGCCCAUUUCCUACGCUGCUGUGCUGCGAAUGAAAGCGGACAGCUCUUCUUCGCCGCUCAGCCCCCGCGGGCGACCCCGCCAGCAUCACGGCGGCGGGCUGGCGCUGCCCGACUGGCCCGUCUUUGCCAGUCACCCACACCCGGCACUCAGCCUCCUCGGCUCUCCGGAGGACUACAGAAGUGAAGAAAGCGAAGAGUUCGGGCCUGUUUUCAUUCAGGAGCCCGAUGAUGUGAUUUUCCCGCUGGAUGGCGACAGCGACAACAAAGUGAUGAUGCACUGCGAGGCGCGAGGGAACCCCCCUCCCACGUACAGCUGGUACAUCAACGGCACACAGCUGGACGUGGAGGCCGACUUCCGCUACAGACUCGUCCAGGGGAACUUGGUGCUCAGCAACGCCAGUGAAAGCGCUGACUUUGGAAAGUACCAGUGCCGGGCCGAGAACGCUUUUGGGACCGUGCUGAGCCGGGACGCUCAUUUGCAGUUUGCAUAUAUCGGAGCUUUCAGCGGGAAGACCAGAGGCGGCGUGUCGGUGCGUGAAGGCCAAGGUGUUGUGCUGAUGUGCACACCGCCUCCUCAUUCUCCAGAGAUCAUCUACGGUUGGGUGUUUAACGAGUUCCCGUCCUUUGUGGCCGAGGACAGCCGUCGCUUCGUCUCGCAGGUGACGGGCAACUUGUACAUCUCCAAGGUUCAGCCCUCCGAUGUGGGCAGCUACAUCUGCCUGGUCAAGAACACCGCCACCAACGCCCGCGUCCUCAGCCCGCCCACGCCGCUCACCCUUAAAACAGAUGGGGUCAUGGGUGAAUAUGAGCCCAAAAUUGAGGUGCACUUCCCGACAUCCGUGCUGGCUGCCAAAGGCGUCACCGUCAGACUGGAGUGCUUCGCGCUGGGGAAUCCUGUCCCAACCAUCACCUGGAGAAAGCUCAACGGGAACAUCCCCAAAAAAGCGAGACUGCGCAAGUCCCAGGCGGUUCUGGAGAUCCCCAACAUCCAGCUGGAGGACUCGGGGACGUAUGAGUGCAAGGCGGAAAAUCCCAGAGGAGGAGCGGCUUUCAAAGGACAUCUGCAGGUCUACACGCUCCCCCAGUGGGUGAGGAUGAUUAACGACACACACAUGGACAGCGGGGAGAGGCUGCAGUGGGAGUGCAAGGCCACAGGGAGGCCCCGCCCCACCUAUCGCUGGCUGCGCAACGCCAUGCCCUUGACAUCGCAGGGUCGAAUAGAGAUCCUGAACGGUGAGCUGACCAUCCACAAGCUGCAGCCGCAGGACUCGGCAAUGUACCAGUGCGUGGCCGAAAACAAAUAUGGCGCCGUUUACUCCAAUGCUGAACUCAAGAUUUUAGCGUCGGCACCCGUCUUCAUCCCCAACCCCGUGCGAGUCAUCGCCACGCUUGGGAAGGACGUUUCCAUCGAGUGCAAGCCUCGGGCGUCACCCAAGCCUCGGCUCACUUGGAGGCGAGGAGACAGGAGGAUCCAGCCAAGUAAAAGGUUGAUGCUGCUGAGGAACAACACUCUCAGGAUCGCCAACGCUAGCCGAGCCGAUGAAGGCAACUACGUGUGCCGAGCGGAGAACCAGCUGGGCUGGGCGGAGAUGACGGCCACGCUGUGGGUGAAAGAGGCCAUGCGUGUGGAGCUGAGCCCGAGCCGCGUGGAGGUGACAGUGGGCGAGAGCGUGGUGCUGAGCUGCAAGGCCACGCACGACACCUCGCUGGACGUGACCUUCCAGUGGCUCUUCAACCACAAGCCAAUCAGCUUCCAGCAGGCCGGCGGACAUUUUGAGUACAUCCAGACUGUCCGAGCCAAACAGUCCUCCACCGUGGAUCUCAUGAUCAGGAGCAUCUUCCUCAAGCAUGCCGGGAAAUACACAUGCAAGGCCCACACCAGCGCCGACACCAUGGCUGCAGACGCACAGCUUCUCGUUAGAGGUCCUCCCGGCGCUCCUGGAGUGGUGAUUGUGGAGGAGAUCACCGACACCAGCGCCACCCUGUCUUGGACUCGCGGAGUGGACAACCACAGUCCAAUCAGCAGCUAUCACUUACAGGCCCGCAGCCCCUUCUCCUUGGGCUGGCAAACCGUCAAAACCGACCCAGAGCCGGUGGCGGGGGACCUGGAGUCAGCCAUGGCGGUGCAGCUCAACCCUUGGGUGGAAUACGAGUUUCGAGUGGUGGCAAGCAACGGCAUUGGCACCGGAGAUCCCAGCGCACCUUCCAGAGGAGUUCGGACUAAAGAAGCAGUGCCAUCGGUGGCGCCAGCCAACGUGAGCGGCGGGAAUGGCCGCAGGCACGAGCUGGUCAUCUCCUGGGAGCCUGUGUCGGAAGAAUUUCAAAACGGAGAGGGUUUCGGCUACAUCGUGGCCUUUCGUGCCAACGGCACCCGCGGCUGGAAGGAGAAGAUGGUGACGUCGGCGGACUCGACUACCUACAAGUACCGUGACGAGACCUUCCCGCCGCUGACGCCCUUCCAGGUGAAAGUGGGCGUGUACAACAACAAGGGUGACGGGCCUUUCAGCCAAGUUGUCAUCAUCCACUCUGCAGAAGGCGAACCCAGGGAGGCACCGACCAACGUGAAGGCUUAUGCCGUUUCCUCUUCACAAAUACGAGUCACGUGGAAGCCCCCCCAUCCCGGUCCUGGAAGACCAAAAGGAUAUGAGGUGAGCUACUGGAAGGACACAGAGAAGGAAGACUCGGGCUGGAAGCAGAGAACGUCAAAGAACGAGACGUCCAUGGUGCUGGGAGGACUGGAAGGAAACGUCCAGUACGCGAUCACAGUCAAAGGCUUCAACAGCAUAGGCCAAGGUCCCGCCAGCGCCGCCGUCACAGCCAAGACCAGGAAAGCGCCUCCUGUGCAGCCUCCAAGCAACCUGCUGUGGAUCCAAGAGGGCAACAACGUGUCUUUAAGUUGGGACCCGGUCAAGGCCAAGGAGAACGAGUCUGACGUCAUCGGGUACAUGGUGUUACUGAAGCAGGAGGGCAGAGGUCACAACCAGGUGACUCGGACCAUUAACCCAUCCACCAUGCUCUCCCUUCCCGAGGGGGGCACGUAUGUCAUUGAGGUGCGAGCCCUCAGCGAGGGCGGGGAAGGAUCGGUCAGCUCCCCAGUGCGACUGGUCACCUCCUCUGGUGUCCGUGCAAAGAGCGGCCAUCACUCUUUGCACGUGCGUGAAGGGAACCUGACGUGGACGACGCUGCUCUUGCUUCUGCUGGUGCCUUCAGUGUCCUGGUGAGACCCCCUGUCAUGUUUUCUGGGGGAGAGGGACUCACCAGUCGUCCGCUCCCUGAUUCCCUCAAGGCGUGCCCGGCACUCCUGAGGCCUUCUGAAGAAGCGGGGGGGGAACAGUCACCCGGACCACCCGUUUAUUUGCUCUCUUUGUCCAACAUCGCUCGUGUCGUGCUGUCGUGUUUCGUGCGACGAGAGAUUUCUUCAAUCUUUCUUUUUUAGUCAUUGUCUCGUCGAGCAGCGGCCGGCCAGCAGCGACUCCCAGGCUAUGCAGCGUGAACAAUUCCUGGAAAGCCGCAAUGGAAGAACAUCUAGGACGAACCGGCCUUUUUCAUCUGCAUCCAUCCCCCCAAACACCCCCACGUUUAGCUGGCCAACGAGCCGGGCAGCAGAAGACUCAGUAGACAAGAAGUGCUUUUUUUUCUUACGUUUUUUCUAAGGAAGUGUGUUUUGUACACGGUGGUACCUUUAGACAAGAAGACAGUGGCGUUUAUCUGCUUUGUUUCUCGCUUGGUUUGUUGGAUGUGUGGAAGUAGGUGGCCGUCAAAGGUGCGCAACUUAGAACCAGUGUACCGCUCCCUGGUGGCUAAUAAAUGUCAUGUCUAUUUUUUAA